AUUCCUCCGAAAAAUAAAAUCCCAAAAUGCAUGCCCAAUUCUUUUCCAUGCUUGUCGCUGUAUCUGCGGUCGUGGCCGGCCCACUUCCUCCUUACAAGUUGACCACUCGCCAGGCCGCGGCCGCCGUGCCGCUGCGGAUCAUGGCGGCCGGUGCAUCCGUGACCUUUGGCGUGGGCUCCUCGACCGGCAACUCGUACCGCAAGGACCUGCUGGACCUCCUCCAAGGCCCCAGCGCCAACUUUACGACGCCAAGCCAGGUCACCUACGUCGGCGCCAAGAAGAACGGCAACUUUAACCAAAGCGCCGUCGAGGCGACCUCGGGCUUCGUCAUCAAGCAGAUCGCGGCCGCCGUGGCCAAGGACGUGCCGACGCUCAAGCCGAACCUGGUGCUGGUGGACGCCGGAACCAACAACUGCAACAAGGGCGGCGUGGUGGCCGACGCCGGCACCCAGGUCGACGCCAUGCUGCGCGACAUCUUUUCCAAGAGCCCCAACGUCACCAUCGUCAUGACCAACGUGCUCGUCAACAAGAACGCCGAUCAGGAUGCCUGCCGUGUCGACGAGAACAAGCAGUUUGCUAUCGUCUGGCAGAAGCUCAAGGACGAGGGCGCAAAGCUCGUCACCGUCGACAUGCGUUCGGCUGCCGGUCCCACCACUGCCGACUUGUUCGACAGUAGGCAUCCCAACGACGCCGGCUAUGUCAAGAUGGCCAACGUCUUCUUCAGUGGUAUUCAAGAGGCUGCCAGCAAGGGUUUCUUGACCGCCCCGGCUGCCUGAAAAGGUUGAACUCUGUGGCGUUUAG